GUUAGAGUUGGAGAGAUGGAUCUACAGGCUCCAAAAGGAAAGGAAUUAUUCAUUGAUGAAGAUCUAGUUGAAUGGCACCCAGGUUUUAACCAGGUUCUUCCAAUUUCUCAAUGUAAUGACCCUUGUUUCCCUGGAUCCUGGAAGAAAGGGAUUGAGGGAAAUCAGUUCUGCUGCUUUGACUGUGUUCCAUGCCCUGAAGGGAAGAUUUCAGAUCAAAAUGAUAUGGAUGACUGUUUUCCAUGUUCAGAAGAUCAUUAUCCCAAUAAAGAAAAGAAAGGCUGUAUCCUGAAACCGGUGGUGUUUCUAACAUUUGAAGAGCCGUUAGGAAUUGGUUUAGCCUCAGCAGCUCUUGGUUUAUUCUUCCUGACAUCUUGGGUACUUGGAACAUUUGUUAAGUACAGGGAUACUCCCAUUGUCAAAGCCAACAACCGAUCCCUCACCUACAUCCUGCUUGUCUCUCUUCUGCUCUGUUUUCUCUCCUCUUUCUUCUUCCUUAGCCGGCCUCACAAAGUAAUCUGCCUUCUUCGACAAUCAAUGUUUGGCAUCACUUUCUCAGUGGCCAUUUCUAGUGUACUGGCCAAAACCAUCAUUGUGGUUGUGGCUUUCAUGGCCACGAAACCAGGAUCUCAGAUGAGGAGAUGGGUGGGGAAAAGAUUAUCUUUUUGUAUUGUCCUUUCUUGCUCUCUCUUCCAGAUAUGUAUUUGUAUUCUUUGGUUGUCAACAUCUCCUCCAUUCCCUGAUUUGGACAUGCACUCUGAACUCCAAGAAAUGAUUUUACAAUGCAAUGAGGGGUCAGCUUUCUUCUUCUACUGUGUCUUGGGCUACAUGGGUAUCUUGGCCAUUGCCAGCUUUAUUGUGGCUUUUCUUGCCCGUAAAUUACCUGACAGCUUUAACGAAGCCAAGUUCAUCACCUUCAGCAUGUUGGCCUUUUGCAGUGUUUGGAUCUCCUUCUUUCCAGCCUAUCUGAGCACAAAAGGAAAAGCCAUGGUAGCUGUGGAGGUCUUCUCCAUCUUGUCCUCCAGUGCUGCAUUACUGGGAUGCAUAUUCCUCCCAAAAUGCUACAUCAUUGUUUUCCGGCCUGACCUCAACUACAGGGAGAAUCUCACAAAGAGAAAUUAGUACAUCAUGUGAUCUUUUUUUCUAGGUAAAAUUGCUGAAAAAAAGAAUAAAAAACUGUUUACAGUCUACAGGACUGUAGGAACAUAGUUUUGUUUUGUUUUUCUGUCAAGGAAGGAUUUAUGUAGGGUAUUUAAGAUGAAUUCAUCCUUAAACCCAUUCCAAAGUCAGUGCUCAGGUUGCUGCAUUUCUAUAAUUGUCCAGGAUUCUUUAACUUAAUCCAUUCUCCCUUUCAACACUCUUGCUGAACUUGACUUUGAUUUAGUUUUCUUAGUCACUAUUAGGAUAUUUCAGAUAUUGACUCAAAUGAUGUCCAAUAUUUGCAGAGACAUUUUUCUGGGUUUUACAGUUUCAAU